ACUAAAUUUACUCAUUUGCAGCCCACGUCUCAAUUUCAACGACUCCAUUGGUGAGGAUUUGGCUGCAGAGAGGUCUUGAGGAAUAAGUUCUUUUUUCAGAAGGUAGUUCGAUGAUGAAAGAGAUGCGGUUUUUAAAAUGGUGUCUGCUCACAGAAGCUUGGGUUAAUCAUUAAACCGAAAUCCAUUGGAUUAAGUAAUUGAAUAGUAUCAUCAGAUGAACAAAAGAAGGCAGCAAGCGCAUUGGAUUGAAACUGAUCGAACUCAUUUACUGGACUCAAAUAAAUUACAGGGUAAUGCUUCCCAGUAUCAUCAAUCCAAAACUGGACGCUGCAGAUUUGGCGCUGUUUGACCACAAUUUCUACAGCCAAGCCAACCUGGGCUGUAGGUAAUCAAUGAGCAGUCAACACAAUUCAGUUUCUAAUCAAAACAUCUUAAUUUCUCCUUUCAUCGCCAUGAAAAAUCACCGGCGACAUUUCUCUGUGGAUGCCAUAGCAGGCGCUGCAAAUGCUAUGGUUGAACACGGAUCGUGGAUUGUUGGAUUCUUUCUCCGCCCAACCACCAAACAAAAUGGAAAAUUUCAUGAAUGUCUCUGUCCUCUUCAGGAGAGGAGACUUCACAGGCUUCAAGAACGACUGCUGGUGCCUUUUGAUGAGACUCGCCCUGAUCAUCAGGAAGCGUUGAGAGCGUUGUGGCAUUGUGCCUUUCCGAAUGUUUCCUUGAGAGGAAUGAUAUCUGAACAAUGGAAAGAUAUGGGAUGGCAAGGUUCUAAUCCAUCCACCGACAUCAGGGGAUGUGGCUUUAUUUCCGUUGAAAAUCUGCUCUUUCAUGCACGGACAUAUCCGGCAUCCUUUCAUCGGUUAUUAUACAAGAAAGACGGAAAGCGAUCAGCGUGGGAAUAUCCAUUUGCUGUCGCUGGCAUUAACAUAUCAUUCAUGUUGAUACAUCUGUUGGAUUUAUGCUCGGACAAGUCUCAGACUGCUGCCGGCUCAAACUUUAUGAAGUUUUUAAAAGAAGAAGAAGAAGCAUUCGAUGUUUUAUACUGCAUAGCUUUCGAGAUGAUGGAUGCCAAUUGGCUGGCUAUGAAUGCUUCCUACAUGAAUUUCAACGAGGUUCUACAAGCAACCCGAGAGCAACUAGAGAGAGACUUGUCUCUAGAAUACAUUAACAGAAUACGAGACCUUCCAGCUUACAGUUUAUUGUACCAAUAGCUUUUUCUCCCAUGUCAUCCAGAUUCAUUAAACUCACAUUCUGAGUAGUUUCUUUGUAAAUAGUGCCGUAAGAUCCAUGGCCAAGAAUUAUUUGAACUACAGU